CCUCCUCUCGGGCUCUCUGUGACAGUGAUCCAGCUGGUCGCUUUCAUUUCAGGACAGAUCGCGUCAAUCGUUUAUAAUAUUAAAACACGCAAAACCUCGUAAGGAUUUCCGGUUCUGUUCGGUUGGACUGAACUUUAAAUGAGUACUCGUGGUGGGCGCGCACUCCGGGAGACAGUGUUUGCUCGUGAAGGCCGUGUGCUCGUCCCCGGAGUGGCUCAACUGUUCUCGGACUGUUCCGAUGGGAGACACCGGCAGCGAGCGCAGCAACCCGCCGACUCUUCCUCCGCGGUGCCCCUGCGGCUUCUGGGGAUCCAGCAAGACCAUGAACCUGUGCUCCAAAUGUUUCACAGACUUUCAGAAAAAGCAGCCAGAUAGUGAGUGUUUGUCCAAGCCGAGCUCGAGCUCUGAGAGUACGCAGUUGUACAGCGGUGAGGUGAGUGGUGUCAGCAGCCCAGACCAGACCUCGCAUCCAGAACCACCUACAGUCACGGACGCAUCCCUCCCCUUCAGCACCUCACAGGAAGGAGCAUCAUGUACAGAUCCAGCACAAGGCCUUCUCUGCAUUCCCACCAAACAACCCUGCCAUUCAGAUGAUGAGGCGUCACCAGUGAAACGUGCGCGGCUAGAGGACUGCUCAUCAGGAGAGGAGGCGAGGAGCAGACCCAAGCAGAAGAACCGCAAACGCUGUUAUCGCUGUUCAAGCAAACUAGAGCUGGUACAGGCGGCGCUGGGUUCCUGUCGCUGUGGCUACGUGUUCUGCAUGCGACAUCGUCUUCCUGAGCAGCAUGAGUGUGAGUUCGAUCACCUGGGACGAGGUCGUGAAGAGGCCGUGCGCAACAUGGUGAAACUGGACCGUAAGGUGGGCCGGUCCUGUCAACGUAUCGGAGAGGAGUGCUCCUGAUGCCUGUCAUUCAUCCCUAGAUAGUGAAGAACACAAUUAAUAUGGGAACAACUGGACUUGCUCGUUCGGGGGUUGUUUCUCAUUUGAGGCCUUCAGUGACCCUAAGAGCUCGGUUCCUGAUGCUCUCCGCCUUAAUCUGAUGAAAACUGCCUGUUUUGACUGAAGUGGAUUGUAAAUCUUCAGCAGCAAGCCGUUUCAAGUACUGUGGUGUGUUUGUGCUCUUUAUCAAACUGCUGCACCCACAGGCCUCUACAACUACUAAUCCCUGAUGGAUGUUUGCUAAAUCUCGUUUGAUCUGUUAUUUGAAACACACGAUGCCUUUUUCUCAGUUUUGCUGCCAUUUUCUCUCUGAUAAAGUCUUCUUUACAGAUGAGAUGAAGUCAUGUUUGUUUCUGGCUCAUAGUGUUCUUAUAACGUAUAACAUGUGAAAGACUGAAUUUGUGUUGAUUAGAUCAGGAACAAAUGGCCUGAAGUAACGCCGUUUUAGCAUUAUUUUCAUUUUUUCUUUUUUUCUUCUUCGAGGUAUAACUAUAAAUGAUCGUGAAUGUGAACACGGAUUGUGACUAUAUUAAGCGAGCUCAUACUUGCUAGAAUCGUGUAUUUAGUUGAAAAGAAAAUGCAUUAUUUUCUGCUUGUUUGUUUUUUCAUCUCUUUGUUCUCAUGUUCUUAAAGUUGAAUAAACUGGAUUAGAUGAUG